UCUGUCCAGCCCCAAAUCUUAUUAUAUCGGGAUCAUGGACCUGACAAGCUCCUCUGGCACCGAUCGAUGGCACAUACAGAGGGGCAAGACUUUCUGGGCGUUCUAACGCAAUGGAUCAAGGAUCCCGAUCUUGUUAUGCAAGAAGUUGGCCUCCGGGGAAUCAGUAAUCUGGCACUGCACCCAGGAAAUUCAGAGGUUCUCAAGAGCCUGAUUCCCUCCUUGCGAGGCUUUCUGAAUGCGGAGGUGCGGGUGACGGUGCAGGCGGUGAAGUGCCUGCGGAACAUCAUCUACCACUGGCAGGGCGAGGACAUCAAGGGCAUCUUCUGCAGCAUCUGCCCACAUCUGCGCCCACUUAUCAAUGACGCAAGGGAUCUGGUGAGGAUUGUAGCUACCUCUGCCCUGGGCCACAUGCUGAGAGGGGUCAUCAAAUACAAGCCAGGAACCACCAUGAAGAGGGAACUGCAUAAAUUUUUGCUCCCACUCCUGUUAAGCAUACAGGACAACAACACCGAGGUGGUCAAGGCCUGUAGAGGGGCCCUCACUGAAUGGGUGAAAGUCAUCGACUGGUCGUCCCUGACCCACACCUUCCAGCACACCACCCUCAGCGACCACCUCCAGGUGAUAGAAGAAACCUGCAAGUACCUGACCUACCCAGGCAAACACCAGAUCCUGGGGGAGUUGCUGUCCCAGAGCUUUAUCUUCCUGAAGAGCCCGCAGAUCUUCCUCAGGAUAGCUUCAAUCACUUUCAUAGGAUUCACUAUUAGGAAAAUGAACAUGAAAUACGUAUUUGAGGAGGAUGUGCAGGUCAUAAGGAAUGUUCUUGAAAGUAUGAACGAUGAUCCAGAGCAAAGUGUGAGGGCUUUGGCCCAAAAUGCCCUCGAAGAAAUUGAUGCCAAUCCUCGUUCCCAAGUGUUAAGAACUCCCAGGCUAAGCAUCAAGGGCCUCAAAGGACCAGUAAGGAAGAAACACCUUUUCAAACAGGAAAAAGACCCUCAGCAAGAGGAAACUCGCCUCUUGUUCCCAGUACUUGUGAAUGCCAUCCGCAGGUGGCAAAAUAGGAGGAGAUGAGGUCUUGCUAUGUUGCCCAGGCUGGUUUCAAAUUCCUGGCCUCAAGCGAUCCUCCUGCCUCAGCCUCCGAAUAGGUGGG